UGCUGUGAGUGCAAACAUCUGCUAGUUGUAGUAUGGCAUAACGAUUCUCUUUCUCCGAGCCGCAAAGGUUCGUUCUUACGCGAACAAGCCGCGCUCAGCAUUCAAUCUUCAACAUGCCUCCUCCAAUAGAUGCAGAUACAAUACGAAUUCUGGUUGCUACAGACAAUCACGUUGGCUAUAAUGAGCGCGAUCCCAUCCGUGGAUCCGACAGCUGGAGGAGUUUCGAUGAGAUCAUGUGCCUUGCCAAAGAACGUGAUGUCGACAUGGUUCUUCUCGCGGGAGACCUAUUCCAUGAGAACAAACCGAGCAGAAAAGCUAUGUAUGAAGUCAUGAGAAGCCUACGAAUGAAUUGCUUUGGCGAGAAACCGUGUGAGGUCGAGAUGUUAAGUGAUGCAAGUGAGAACUUUCAAGGAGAGUUUAAUCAUGUUAACUACGAAGAUCCGGACAUCAACGUCGCGAUACCGGUUUUUUCCAUACAUGGUAAUCACGAUGAUCCUUCCGGUGAGAAUCAUUUAGCGGCUCUGGAUAUUCUUCAGAUGUCCGGUCUGUUGAACUACUAUGGCCGAACACCCGAAUCCGAUAAUAUCGCCAUCAAGCCAGUCCUGCUUCAGAAAGGCCGCACGAAACUUGCGCUGUACGGAAUGAGCAACGUUCGCGAUGAGAGAUUGUUUCGCACAUUCAGAGACGGUAAGGUCAAGUUCUUCCAGCCAAGUACAGCAAAAGAUGAAUGGUUCAAUCUGAUGAGCGUGCAUCAGAACCACGCUGCUCAUACAGAGACCAGCUAUCUCCCCGAGAACUUUUUGCCCGAAUUCAUGGACCUUGUAAUAUGGGGGCACGAGCACCAAUGUCUGAUAGAUCCACGCUACAAUCCUGAAAUGUCGUUCCACGUAAUGCAGCCAGGUUCUUCUGUAGCCACAUCUCUUUCCCCAGGAGAGACUGACACUAAGCACAUUGCGAUUCUCAGUGUCACUGGGAAACAAUUCAAGAGCGAGCCCAUUCAGCUAAAGUCAGUUCGACCGUUCAUCAUGAAAGAUGUCGUCCUACAGAACGAGCGCGCCCUGAGAGAUGUAUGGAGACAGGACGACAACAGGACUAAGGUUACGCAACAUCUGAUAGGGAUCGUUGACAAGAUGAUUGCGCAAGCCAAGACUGAAUGGAAUGAGGCUCAAAAUGACCCGAGCGUUGAAGCCCCACUCCCACUGAUACGCCUUCGCGUAGAAUACACGGCCCCAGAAGGUGGUAAGUUCGACUGUGAGAAUCCACAAAGGUUCUCGAACAGAUUCGUAGGGAAGGUGGCCAACGUCAAUGAUGUGGUCCAAUUCCACAGAAAAAAGACAGCUUCGCGAAAAGCCAGGGAUGCCCCCGAGCUCCCAGAAGAGCAUAUCAUGGACCAAUUAGCGCUUGAUUCAGUCAAAGUUGAGAAGCUAGUACGCGAAUUUUUGACUGCACAGUCACUCACGAUUCUACCUCAGAACACCUUCGGCGAUGCAGUCAGUCAAUUCGUCGAUAAAGAUGACAGACAUGCGAUGGAGAUUUUCGUGAACAGCAGUCUAGCAAGCCAAGUCAAGCAUCUGUUGGACAAGGAUGAUAUUGACGAGACUGAGAUAAAUGACGCUAUGGAAAGUUACCGUGUGCAACUAGAGGAGAUGUUUGCUACUGGACAAGUUCGGGCAAACAAAGGGAAGCGCAAAUACAAGCCGAAGCCGCCAAAUUGGGAUAGUGAUAUGGAUGGUGAUUGGGAAGAGCAACCAGGAGCACUCAUUAUCUCAGAUAGAGAGAGUGGUAAUGGUGACGAAGAUGACGAUGAAGAACGCAGAGCUGCGACGACUCGUGGGCGCGCACGAGGCCGGGCAGGUAAAGCUUUAGGUACAGGCACAACUCGGAAAACCAUCACUGCGAAAAGGAAUUCUGCCAAGGCGCCUGCUAAAGCUGCACCAGCUAGAGGGAAGAAGAAGAUCGUCCAAGAGGAAUCGGAGGAGGAAGAUGAUGACGUAAUUAUGAUUGACGACGACGACGAGAAUGAUGAUGAUGGUGAUGAAAGCCAGGGGCUCUUUGUAUCUUCAAAGACUACCACUGCGAGAAGACCUCCGUCCAAGGCUCUUGGAAGUGCACGAGCAAAGUCGCCAGUGAAGAAGCCGACAGCACGAGCUGCAGCAACAGCGUCUGCUAGACAGACUAAAUUGGAUUUCUCUCAAUCUGCGGUGCGAAGUCAAAAGAUGCAGGCUAACACCCGAGGAAGGGCGGUCGAGCCAAGUGACGAUGAGAUAUCCGACGAUGACGACGACGACGCGUUUGAACCGGCACCUCCCGUAACGAGAAAUUCUCGGCGAUGAAGAGCUUGUACAGGGCAAUUGCCCAGGUAUGGUCUUUGUAGAAAAGCAAAGGGGUCUUGGUCGA